GUUCAUAAUAAAUCGUAUUAUCACAAAGCUAGUUUUCGGAUAACGGUAACUGUAUAUAUCAACGCUAAUCAGAGUUUGAGCUUGGCAUUUGCUGCAGCGUCUUAUUGCAAGGUACGCCCAAAUCAUGCGACUCUACUUCGCCAUUUUGAUUUUCGGCCUGCUGAGCGUUGCUCGUGCUCCGCCACCGGAUGAAGACGCACCUUCUACAUAUUAUUGCACAGCCACGUAUUGGAGCAAUUACGUUUCUUGUGCAACCAAUGAAGUAACUCGUCCAUGUCCCAUUAGACCUUGCACAAUUAUAAUAACGGAGGGCAAGUUACUUGCAACUGGAGAAACAGUCAAGCUGGAGAAAUCGAUAACAAAAAAAACACAACAAUGCAUACACAAUCGGCCAUGUGGAGUAAGAAACUGCAAAUGUAGAGAUUACUUUGCCAAAAAAACCGUGAAAGUAAGUUACUCAAAGGACGGAAGACUAGAAAAAAGGCCAGCUAAAAUUGUUAUUCGGUAUCCGGCAAAAUGCAAAUGUGCGAGAAAGAGGAGCUUUCUUAGAGGAAUCAAAGUGUCAAGUGGAUAAUGGACAAACAUCUUUGAAGACCAAAUUCCAUGAUCUAAGUCACAUCGAGAUAAC